GUGGAAGGAGCAUUGCAGGCGGUGCGGAUCUCAAUGCUAUGUCGACCCGUCAGAGUCGCCGGGGAUUGCUUGCGAAUUCCGGCAGAAGCAGAGACAGUGGCGGUUCGGGGAUGGGAGGUGGCUUUGAAAAUCGUGCUGGCACAGGAUCGAACGCAGUUAGAACCAGCACUUCGUCACUGUUACCAACACCAGCAGCGGGGAACAACCACGGGCAACAGCAUGGCACCGGAAAUGGUGACCGCGACACCGCCGGUGCUGACGAGCAGGCCGUUGUAGCACAGCAGACGAGUGGGUCGACGGCACGGACUAGGAGAAGCUCCAAUGGAACUACAAGUGGCCGCGGGUCUAGCGGCGGAGGUAUGCAUUGCAAAUAUCCCUCCUGGGUCUGGAAGGAUGCGAACUUGUCAUGCACAUUCCAAAUCACACAAAAAUCUGUCAUGUGUGGACAGCAAAAGUGGCCCACCGUGUGUCGCCGAAAGAUGGGAUUUUUCAUGCGGAUUAGGCAUUGCGAUACCUUCUCAAAACCUGUAAUGCUAGGGUCUGCAUGCCAGACCUUUCGGGUCACGGAAAAACAGCAUGACAAGCUUCUGCGGUCCUCCAAGCCCGGACAUAUUUGCAUUUGAUAAGAGGUGGAUUUUCACAACAGCAUGUAGUUGACCACGAUGAGGUACUAGAUCCUGAGCGUCCUGUAUCCAAGAAAAAAACGUUGUUAGUGUAAAUUUGUGAUGCGGAACAUGCAAGAUGAUUGCGUCUGUCAUGCUUGGCCUGCAUUGUAGGGUCCACUAGCGGGCGUUUUCACUUAGUAUCUGCGCAUGACAGGUUUUUGCUGUCAUGCCAGACAGAUUUGUAAUGCUGUUCCUCCAAAAAAGUUACACCUACAAUGUUUUUUUCUUGGAUAUCCUGACACACCUGAUAACUACAGCUUCGCAAGAAGGCUCGCGGACGUGGAGAAGGGGAAUGCAGAGAGUGCCAGACAAAUCCACGUCACCCGAGGCCGUGGCCGCGGGGUGGGACAAGAAGGAACACAAGCAGGCCUCGCAGCUCCGGCGGGGACACCGCCAGUGGUCACUUCCUCCCCGGCCCUGAUGCAACUUUUGAAGGCCCCGACACCAGCACCAGCUACUGGACAGGUGCAACGACCUAAUAUUCUUUGCGACGAGGACGCGAAGGUGAGAAUCGCGGAAUUCCAGAAAAGAGAGCUGCAAAACUACUGCACGCAGCUGACCGCGUUGGGGAAAGCGCAUGACAGUUUGGCGGACGAGGUCGAGCGGGAGUUCAACUUCUAUUUAUCGCUGGUUGGAGAUUUGUUUGGACGGGACAAGCUCGCGUUGCUGCAGGAAUUUCAAAUUGUCAUGGGAGAAUGUACUAGCGCAUUACCUUUAGCGUUUCAUUCAGGAACUGGUGUGGAGGUCGCUGGCGGAGACAUAAAUUCAAAUGCAAAUGCUGCAUCCAGGAAUAGUAACGCGGGUUCUGCUUCUUCUUCUGCACCACAGCGGCGAUCUGCAAGAGCUGCAAACAGCAUCAGCCUGUUCCAAGACGAAGAACAGGCCAACAUACUGGGCAACCCAACUUCCCCUCUCUCACAGCACUACAGCUCCCCGGGCGGGGGGAGUGCUGGCGCGGGGGUCGGACCCGGAGCGGAGAGCAGUUCGGACGGCGGUGAAACAGACGCUUCUUCCGACGACGACGAUAAUCCAAGAACAAAUGGAAAUAAAAACCAUAAGGACAACCUUGCGCACAUUCUCCAAGACAUCUUAGGAAGCAGCUUGGUGUGCGAGAGGAAUAUCGAAACUCUGUUCGACCGAUUGCAGGAUUUCAAGGACGAGGAAAAGCUUGAAAAAGCCGGCUCUUCAACUUGCGCCAAAUGCACAACGACUUUCAAGAAGUGCUUCGGCCGGUGUGUGCGAGGUUCGUGCAAAAUGUUGAAAAGAGCGGUGUUUGGAACGUUGAACCUCCUGCUCUGCCUACAAUUUCCGGGUUGCUGCCCGAUGUGCUGCCAAAGUAGAAGGCGGAAUUGGCGAAAACGGGGGAAGAAGGGGUGUUGCUGCGGACGAAGACGAGGCGAUAGUGUUUGUUCGAGAAAAUCAUUUUUCGGCUGUUGCCGUAGAAACAACAAUAAGAAUAAAGCUGGUGACAAUCACGAGAACAAUAAUGAUACCACGAAUCAACAAGAAAAGCCCGACCGACCGACGACCGCGAAACAGCUCAACGCCUACCUCUACGACGACAGCGAACUAGACGAUGUCUGCCUCUGGGCCUCGAGCGACUCCCCACUUUCCGUUUUUAUGCAUUGCAAAGGUAUCGUACUAGUAUAGCUUGCAUUACAAAUUUGCCCAGAAGGAAAAAUGGAAUUUGUCAUGGUGAUUCAGGUAAAACAAAAGAUUUGUCAUGCAGUAGUGCAAUCACUACGACUACGAUACUUUCGCAGUUGAUAUUUUUGGCGCAUCGACGGUUAGCAGAGUCGUGCAAUAAUUUCCAGCAUUUAGCGCAGGAAUUUGAAGAGGUGAUCGAAUCUGUGUUGCGGGUGGAGGACGCAGCAGAGUAUGAUCUUUGUAAUGCGGAACGGACAGCCGCAUCCAUGGCCGCGCUACGGAGCUGCAAGAGAACCACCACGGUGAAGGCCAGUUCCUCGUACCACAUGCAAUUGCAAGUUCCCGUCCAGCGGUACGACAGCGGGGUGAAUUAUGGAAGCGUCAGGUUUGAAAUCGACAAAGUUGAAAUGAUUUGUUAUGCAUAAAAUGGAUGCCAGUUGGAACCCAGUUUUCAAGUGGCGCAUGACAAAUUUUCCGCGCACCGGAAUCCAAUUUGUCAUGCUGUGUGGGCACAGACGAAUGCUUUUGUCAUGCUACUUUAGCAGCUCUAUUUCAAACCCUAAACAGGCUGACAGUCGGCCUCACUCGUCAUCCCGGCAAGACACGCACAUCAUACCUUGCAUUUUAUGCAUCACAAACUAUUUCAACUUUGACGAUUUCAAUCCUGACGCUUCUAUAUGAAUGUAGCAGGAGGUGCAGGAGGGGGUGUGCUAGUAGUACCAGAUCAACGUGGCAGCGGCACCCCGCAUUUUCCCGAACAAGUGCUUUCUGCACACAGUCUCGCGAUGCUGGAGCACGAGAACUCAACGGCUUCGCCGGCGUUUGCACUGUAUCCCGUGGGAACAUCAACAGCAGCUGCGACUGGUGCAACUGGAGCGACGUCUGGCGUAGCAGCAGCAGCAGCGGCGGCAACAGCCUUUUCCAGUACAACAACUACGGCCGCAGCAGCAGCUCCAGGGUUACAAACCCUCCAACAAACCUACCGGCAGCCGCAGGGAACCUCGACGAGGCAGCUGAUCUCCUCUUUGCAAAUGGCAGAUCAAAUGGGUGGCACAAGUAGAAGUCUACCAUCACCACUACCGGGCCCGCAACAAGUUCUCGUGCAGCAGAACUCGUUCUCACCGUUGUCGAUCAAUUCUGAGCAGAGACCCGGCGGAUCAGCGUGGUCGUCCGGACUACAGCAGCAACCGCAAGGACAUGUUGACCUUCCACCGCUACAAGCUCAAUCUGUCGAUCGCCGUGUAGUCUCGCAUCUGCCGCUGGCAUCCAACGUCCCGCACCAUUUUCUUCCCGAACAAGCAUCGCAGCUUGGUGGCGGCCGUGGCGGCGAUGGAGUAGUAGUUGCAUCGGCGUCCUCUAGUAGUGCCGCGGCAGGACGACCUGGAGCUCCUGCAGAACUGGGAAUGAAUUAUGGUCGCGGCGAUGGGAUCCAAUCGUAUGUGCCUUAGAGGCUGUGAAAAGGUGUCUUGCAAUAGAUUUGGGACGGCGUUUCUUCACUUUUGCACGACGUCGUGAUAGAUCAGACCUUGUUCAUCAUGUUGUUCAUGCUCGAUAGAUUUUGAUUUUGAAGAAAACCUUUAGGGUCUCACUUUUGCAUUUGUUCCUUCCACAACUACGUCGAAGGUAAGUAACUACUCAUUCUUAGUCUUUACUAUUUGCAAUGCGCAUCUUCUGUUCGUGUCUGAUACGGACACGGCACAUUUUUGGAUCACCUUCUUCGACAGCUGCUCAUGAGAAUACAGAAGCAUGAAUUAUUCGCACUAAUGUUUUAAUCACGCAUCUUCUUCUACGUGAAGAUUAAUAUACCACCUGGAUGAGUAAAAAAGCAUGGGGAACUACUUGUAAGUUUUAC